ACCGCCGGAAAAAAGUUGCCAAAACCGUGAAACCGCCGGAAAAAAAACAUCAUGAACCGGACCUAAAAACCACGGUUUGGAACUGGAACCGGUCCGGGUGAACCGGUCCAACGGUUCCACGGAAUCGGGACCGGUCCGGUUGAACCGGUCCAACGGUUCCAUGGAACCGGAACCGGAACCGGGACCGGUCCGGGUGAACCGGCCCAACGGUUCCAUGGAACCGGAACAGUGAAAAGUAGCCAUUAUAUAGCCGUUAUGUAGCCGUUGCCAUUUUCCCUAUAAAUACUCAUCACUUUCAAUCAUUUUCAUUCACAACUCAUCUCUUCUCCUACUCUCUCUACUUACUCUCUCUACUUAAUUCUUUAAUUACGCAAUUAUUCUCUUAAUUACAUAAUUAGUCUUUUAAUUAUUUCUUAAUUUAGUUAAUUACAUAAUUAGUCUAUUAUUUAUUUAUUUAUUUAUUAAUUCUAUUAUUAUUUCAAUAUUAUCAAUCAUGUCUUUAUUUUUGAAAAAAGCCUCAAAAGAAGUUACUAAAGUGGCAAAAUCAUUGGGAGGUUUCAGCUCCUCCAAAAGAAAGGCCACUUCUACUCCGUCGGUAUCAACAACACCUUCCAUUAGUAAUUAUAAUUAUGAACCAAAUUAUCCAGAAGGGUACGACCCAGAAUUACAAAAUUAUGCAGAAGAAGUGGAAAGAGAAAUACAAGAAGAAGAACAAGAAGAGGAACCAACGACCCCUAUUGGGAUACAUAUAUCUCGACAGUCAUCAACAAGAUCACAUGAAGAACAAGGAGAACAACAACAACAAAGACAAGCUCGUGGUAAACGAGUCAAUUUCCAAACUAUCGAAGAAGAUGAACCAGUAAGACAACUUUUUCCGGCAAUGCCACCUCCUAGUGGUAGAGCUGUUUCCGGCAAUGCCACCUCCUAGUGGUAGAGUUGUUUCACAUGUGUGGUCGUAUUUCAAAAUGAACCAACCGACAAUCCAGAUAUUUUCUUAUGCACUUGUCAAAUUUGUGAAAGUCAAGGAGUAAAGCCCUUAGUUUCAUACAGUUUUGCUAGAGGUAAAUACUUUUUAAGUUUUUUAUACAUACAUUAU